AUGGAGGUGUUUCUGACGAUCGUCCUAGGCUCUGUGGCGGGGCUAGUCGGCCUCCUCUGCUUCCUAAAGCUUCGCCGAGCCUCUGAACUUCGUUUCCCUCCCGAACGAAGCGGCUGGAUCCCGUGGCUCGGCUGCGCUGUGCCCUUCGGCAAAGCACCUCUCCACUUUAUUCAAGAGACAAGAGAAAUGCUUGGAGACGUGUUCACAAUCCACGUGACUGGCCGAAGAAUGACAUUUGUUGCUCGCCACGGAGAUUUCAAGGCGUCUUUCUUUCAGAACGGCAGCACCAGUUUUCAGGCUGCCGUGCAACCAUUCACCAUGAAAGCUGCUGGGCUCUCGACUGCCUCAUUCUUCAAGUACCACUCUUCCAUUCACGAUGCAGUGAAGGCAAAACUAGUUCCGUCGUACAUUGCAAAACUCUGCCCAAAACUCUGCAGAGAUCUUUAUGGUUCAUUCAGAAAACUCGGUGAUGACGGAGAAAUGGAUCUCAUGUCGUUUGUCAGACGGACGAUGUUUGACUCCGUCGUAAGACAGCUGUUUGGAGCCGACAACGUCCCAGAAACUGAGACCGGAAUGAGAGAACUGGAACGGAAAUUCGUAAAGUUUGACGAGGAUUUCGAGUACGGGACUCAACUCCCCGAGUUUCUAAUCAGGGACUGGAGUGAGUGCAAGUACUGGCUUCUUUCGUUCUUCAAGAAAAUGGUUGAGAAAUUGAGAGGAAGUACGAUCAGAGGUGGAAAUGAUCAGCUGAUGAUAGAGAAGCUGAUGGAGACGGUGGACCCAGCAAGUGCCCACAACUAUGCCCUCCUCUUCCUGUGGGCCUCGCAAGCCAACGCUAUACCGGUUGUGUUCUGGUGUCUGGGGCACAUCCUGAGCUCCCCAGAUCUUUAUAGGGUGCUACAAAAUGAUGUAUUAAACAUUGAUUUU